GAGUGCUGAGCAGCCCUUCACUGAGAGGCAGCCAGAGAGAGAGGAGGAAGAAGAAGAGAAGGGGGAGUGACGGCAGCGUGCACUGGCAGAGAGAAGCUGUUCCAGCAGAGGAGCUGAAGACUUUUACAGAGCUCGGUUUCUUUUUCCCCACAUCGCCGUUUCAUUCUUUACCCCAUGAGUGCUGCAAGUGUGCUCAGGUCCUUCAGCCCAUCAGCAAUGCCUGGCCCAGUGAUGCCGAUGGACGUCGCGAUGAGAUUCUACAUCAGCCACUCUCCGCCUCCUCUCCGAGGCUUCCUCAGCUCCUACGAGGAGCUGCAGAGGAAUAAGAACCGGGUCAACCAGUCCACCGCCCGCAACCACAACCAGCAGCUGUACAAACCGCUGCGGCCCUGCCUCAGCAACCAGCAGAAGGCGGCGGAUGACGACGGCUGCAUGGGCUGGAGCAACAACAAGGUCAGCAAGAAGAAGGUGGUGUUCGCAGACACGAAGGGCAUGUCGCUCACCGCCAUCCACGUCUUCUCCAAGUUUGACGACGAGCCGUAUCGAAACAAGCGGCGCGGGGGGAUCACGGAGGAGCUGCAGUUCGACAUGACGGACCUGGAAACGGCCACGAUGGAUCUAAAGAUCAGCUCGACACGCAGCCUGGCGCUGGACUUUAAACAGCCCUCAGCUGACUAUCUGGAUUUCCGGAACCGCCUGAUUCACAAUUCAGUCUGCUUGGAGAACUGCUCACUUCAGGAGCGCUCGCUGACCGGCACCGUCAAGGUCCGAAACAUUGGGUUUGAGAAGUCGGUGCAGCUGCGUGCAACUUUUGACUCGUGGGUCAGCUUCACCGACGUCGAGUGCACCUUCAUGAACAACGUCUACAGCUGCCAGGACAAUGACACCUUUGCGUUCGUCCUGGAGCUGCCCACAAACAUCCCGCCUCAGAAUCGGGUGGAGUUCUGCAUCUGCUUCAAAACCCAGGACCAGACCUUCUGGGACAAUAACGACGGCAAGAACUAUUCUCUCAAGCACGUUGGCUGGAACGGAGAGGACCUGAAUGGUCUGAUGCCCCCGACUUCUGCUGAGCAGAAGAAGCUCUCAGAACACAAAAACGGGAGCGUGAACAAGCUGCUGGAGGUGGAGUUCGAUCAGUUCGGCAGCCCACGCAUGUCCAACGGACUCUUUCCCGGCUGGCAGAGCUGGGGUCAGAUCGAGAACACUGUGCCUUACUGGUGAAAACAUCAGCAUGUUAAUACUGAUACAAGAUAAGAGUCACUGACGGGGCAUUCAGUAUGAAUCCAGCUGUGGGUCUGGUCCUCGGCUGGCUCUCAGCCAGAGACGAAACUGAAGCGAACAACCUCAGCUUUUUAUUUCUUGUUUUUAGCAGAGGAAGUGCACAAACCACCCAGACAAGUAACUAAUGUGUUCAACUGACCUGCUUUCUGCCUGAGAGACUUGAUGGUCUGUGGCUGGAGGACGAGGGAUGAAGGGGGGAGAAAAAAAAUGUUUGAUUUAUUCCUCUUCUGUAAAAUAUAAAUGUGCCUUCUCAGAGUGCCUGUCCACUAAAUACAGACUGUUUGUGAAAUAUGCACUGAUUGAGAUGUUCCCUCUCAAUGUGAUGUCUGUCAGAAGUGGAGUUGAUUAAGUCCUUCAUAUUGAAGGGAGAGGACGGGGCGAGUGCAUGGCGACGAAGCGCUUCAUGAGAAACCCAGCUGAUUCUUUUUCUAAAUGAUAAAUGCACACUAACUAUUUGCACCUUCGACGAGGAGGAAAUAAUUCAACAUGAUUCAAAAAAAAUGGCCUUCAUUUUUUUUUUAAAAGUCGAGUCAUGCAGCCCUUUUCUUUCCCUCCGUGUACAUUGCACAUGUUUUAUCUGAUGAAAAAAAAUGUUGGGCUGAUGUAAUUUUUUUGAUGUAAGUUUGCUGAGGAACUGAGCUGCUAUCAACAGGUGUGUCACAAGAAAGAAAGAAAGGACUCUGCAUGUGAUUGGUUGUCUCCAACUGGGAAGACAUUUUGAAAUUUUCUGUGGUUCGGGUAUGUUGAGAGGUGGAAUGAUGCAAUGAUCGAAUGUUUUUACUCGCUUGCUCUCACAAAGUGCAAUGAUGUGAUGAGUGUACAGUAUGUGUGGCUGGAAUUGCGAUUUUUUUUUUUUUAAUCUGUUCUGAAAACUUUUUUUCUUUCUCACGGUAAAGAAAAAAAAAAAGUGUGUGUACCCCAGCAUUUUGUUUCACUUGAAGGUGUGUGUUACUGACAUGUGCCCACGUCAGUCAAAUGUUUCCUUUUCACAAAUAAAUUUCUAUAUUUGUGCUAAAAUA